AAACUUUAACUCACGCUGUAGACUAAAAUAUCGAGAUGACCAUGUAAAUACAGCCUAAGUUAACUAUAUAAAUAAAAACAUAUCAAAAAGCCGAACUUUAAAUCGGGAAAUCGUCUUUCCUUCGUCGUGUAGAUUCGUUGCCAUAGUUACCCUGGACAGAGAAAGAGAGAGAGGGACUGAGAGAGAGAGAGAGAGAGAGAGAGAGAGAGAGAGAGAGAGAGAGGGCGAGACUAUUCACGUGACACAGCAAGAUGGCGAUCACAAUGUAGAAUGGAUGUGAAUGAUUUAAACUAAGUGGAUCUGCUUGUUUAAUUGUUCAUCAUCAUCAAAUCACAGACUCAAGAUGGCCCUAAAUGUGUUUGAUCAUGAUGAAUACAGACCACCAGUGUGGAAGUCCUACUUGUACCAGCUCCAGCAGGAGGCACCUCACCCACGCAGAGUCACCUGCACCUGUGAGGUGGACAACCGACCUAAAUACUAUGGAAGAGAGUACCACGGGAUGAUUUCAAGAGAAGAAGCCGACCAGUUGCUGAGUCAGGCCGAAGGCAGCUACCUCAUCAGAGAGAGUCAGAGACAGCCAGGCACAUACACGCUGGCUCUAAGGUUUGGGAACCAGACGAGAAAUUUCCGUCUCUACCAUGAUGGGAAGCACUUUGUUGGAGAGAAGAGGUUUGAGUCCAUCCACGACCUGGUCACAGAUGGCCUCAUCACACUCUAUAUUGAGACAAAGGCAGCGGAGUACAUCGCUAAGAUGACCAUAAACCCUAUCUAUGAGCAUGUGGGCUACACCACACUGAACCAGGAGCCCACUCUGAAGAAACACCUGCCAAUCAGCCCCGAGGCCCCCGAUGGACCUGCUCCAGCCAAAGACGACCGCAACGCAGAGGAGAGGCUCACAUCGCUGGUGCGGCGGGCCACCCUGAGGGAGAGCGACUUUGCGCCCAAGUACGAGAAGGUGCACAACUUCAAGGUUCAUACAUUUAGAGGCCCCCACUGGUGUGAGUACUGUGCCAACUUCAUGUGGGGUCUCAUCGCUCAGGGAGUCAAGUGUGCAGACUGUGGGCUGAACGUACACAAGCAGUGCUCCAAAGUGGUGCCGAACGACUGCCAGCCGGACCUGCGGCACGUCAAGAAGGUGUACAGCUGCGACCUGACCACGCUGGUCAAAGCCCACAACACCAAGAGACCGAUGGUGGUCGACAUGUGCAUACAGGAAAUCGAGGCCAGAGGUCUUCAGUCAGAGGGUUUGUACAGAAUAUCAGGCUUCAGUGAGCUGAUUGAAGAUGUCAAAUUGGCCUUUGACAGAGAUGGAGAAAAAGCUGAUAUUUCCUCAAACGCCUAUGAGGACAUUAACAUCAUCACCGGAGCCCUCAAACUCUACUUCAGAGAGCUGCCAAUUCCCCUCAUCACAUAUGAUGCCUACCCACGCUUCAUAGAAGCCGCAAAGAUUGCAGACGCAGAAAAACGGCUGGAGUCUGUCCACGAGGCCUUGAAGCUGCUGCCGCCAGCUCACUGCGAGUCGCUGCGAUACCUCAUGGCUCACCUCAAGAGAGUAACCCAGUAUGAGAAGGAUAACCUCAUGUCCAGCGAGAACCUGGGUAUCGUCUUCGGUCCGACACUGAUGCGAGCCCCAGAUCUGGACGCUAUGACGGCGCUCAACGACAUCCGAUACCAGAGACUGGUGGUGGAAAUGCUCAUUACCAACGAAGAUGUAUUGUUCUGAGAGGAGGGGGGGAGGGAAAUGAUUCUUCCAGUGAGGAGAGGAAGGACAGAGAGAUUGGGAGUAUAUGUGUUGUCCUCCUGUGAAAAGAUGGAAGACCUGUUGAUUUUUUGACAAGAAAACGAAGGAGAAACAAGCAAGAUACCUGAGACUUGUGUCUUGCUAGAGAGGACAAAAGGGACACUAACUGUUUAUAUGAGGAGUUGAAGGAAGGAUCAAUGAAGGAAGUGACUAUUUGCAAAGAAGGAAUUGAAAAAAAAAACAUAGUGAAGACUCUUCUUUGAGCGAAGAAGUGAAUGGAAGGAUGCAGUGUUUCCCUACAUUUCUAAUGUACAUUAGCAACACUUUAGUCAACAAACUUGAAGCUUCUACAGAAGAUCAUAAAUUUCUAAUGUAAUAACUGUACAAAAUGGCAUUACUGGAAUAAUGAAUUUUGGGAUUUUCAUUGAGAUGACUCAUUUAUGUCUCUUAAUGAGCUGGGAGAAAAGGGGAUUAAUACUAGUAGCAUUGCAAUGACACUACUUUGUCUACGUAGGGGAAACACUGUGGGAUCCAUCUUUAUGUUGCUCUCUUUCUUCUUAAAUGGAUGUCUUGACAUUUUUUUUCUCUCUGUGGCAUUUUAAUUUUUCUUCACCAGAAAUGCUACUUUGAAAAUGUUUGGUUAGCAUUGUUAGCAUUUACCACAGAAACCAAAUGAUACCACUAGCCACAAGCUAAUGAGAAACUAGAGGUUUCAGUGAAAAAUGCUGCUUUCUGACCAACAUAUUUACCAAAAGAGCAACUUUUCCCCAAAGUUCUGGUGGUUUUUUUGUUUACUUUAUUUUCCACAGUGUCAAGGUAUCCCUUUAAUCUUCCUCAAGAGAAGAAGCACUGACUUCAUUACAGUAGACAGCUGGAUGAAUGAAUGAAUGGAAAAAGUGAAUCACUCAUCCAUAAUGCGCAAUCAUUCCUCUGAAUGGAACUGAAGUGACUUGGACCUAUUGUGUUUUCAUUCCUUUUUUUAUGUACUUUUUUUUUUACAUUACAGCUCCCUCUUCUGUACCACUGAGUGAAGUGUAAUUACACAGUAAUCUAACAUAGUAGGAUUUUAGUUGCUAACAUAGAAAACCAAUGCCCAGUCACUCUCUGUUGAUCAGUUUUCUUACUGUGUAAUUACACCCAAUAAUAGAACGGAUAGAACUGUAAAUUCAGUGGUUUUCAAUUGUUAACAUUUCUUCCUCACUGUCUCUGAACCAAUCCUGCAUUCUCUCACUUCUCCACCUGCUUGCUUUGCCUCUGAAGGUGACACCCUAAAACCCUUUUGCAGAGGAAAAGUCACAAUUCAGUGCCAUGGGAUCCCUUUUAAAGGAAAUGUUUGGGAGUUUUUCCAUGGCUGAACACAUAAAGAACAGAAAAAUGUUUUCUAAUCGAACAGACAAAUUCAACACAGACUGUUUGCUGGACAACAUAGCCAGUAGAACAGACAGACUUUACAGAAAACAACCAAUAUUUACCAGCAUUUGGCUAGUGGCUGGUUUUCAUUUCAGAUCUCAUUUACACAGCUUUGGCUGCCAUACAUCACACCAGUGGCAGACGGUGAAGAGAGGAAGUGACUUGGACCAUGAACAAGUGAAAUGGUGCUUUAUGUUGUUUUUUGCUUUGGUUCGUAACACGUGUGAAGCAGUAUUUGUAAUUAAGCGAUGUUGUGAAGCACAUUUUGAGCUAAAAAUACAGAUUGAAAUUCUUGCCCGGAUGUAAUUUAACAAUUAAUUGAAUUCCAAAGCGGUGUUUGAAUUAAACCACUUAAGCCAAUAACAAAGACUAAGUGGGAUGAUUCAAAUGCUCAAAGCGGGAGAUGCACUAGUACCAAGAGUGGUUUUUGGGAUACCACAUAAUUUGAAAAUGUAAUGUCAUGUCCCAUCCCAAAAAUGAAAGCAAAGAAGCUCAAUUAAACAAAAUCUCAUUAUGGUAAUUACUUAGUUUUAGUGUUUUCAAUUAAAGAGGUAUUGGCCCUUCCUUUCCCUGAUGUGCUAGUUGACAAUGAGGCCGUGUUUUGACUCUGAAGCCAUGUUUGAAAAGAUGUGAAAAAACAGGAACAUACACCAGCCUGCCGUCACCAUCAUUUAACUGUGAAAAUGUGAGUAAAGAGGGUUAUUUUUUUGACUUGUUUACCUCUGCCCUCUACAAACAAAACAAAUAAAAUGAGAUUUUACCAAGAUACAAGUUAGCGUAAUCAAAUGCCAAACAGAUGACUUGAUGAGUUUCUUCCAGAUAUUUGAAGAUCAGGCACUGGCUUAACAUUACAUAUUGAAAGAUUCGCUGUGAUGUUUUGACCAUUCUCUGAUGUAAUGAAAGCAGUAUUAAUUGUGGGACGACGAUGCUAAUCAUUUGUAAUAUGAAGGAGUGUAUUUGCCAUGUUAUUUUUUAAACUAGUGCCAUUUGAAAAGUGGAGGUGUGGAGUGGAUGCCUUCUGCAUGUACCCACACCUCAGCUAACACACACUAUACCCCUUCCCUUACACCUUUUUAUUCAUUUCUACCCCCAUUUCUGUCGGGGGUCACUGAUUAAAUAUUAGAAACGUGCUUCAUUUGCAAAGUAGUGACAAACCUCCAGGAGCUAAGACUCAUAUCAUAAAGCAAAGACGGUUGUAAAAAAACAAAAAAAACAAGCGCACCCAUAGUGGGUUGGGUGGAAAUCAAAUGGAUGUAACAUAAAAGUAACAUCAACAUUUUUCUAACAAAUUUUGAUUAUGUUUUUCAUGUGUUCUUUAUCUUAACUGUUUUGUUCUUCAUUCCUCACGGGGUGAAAUGUAACCCUGUUGAUUUAACCAUGUACUAACUAUCAUCAGCUUAACCCGAUGACGACUUGUGAGCCUUCAGUGAUCUGUGACAAUUGCUUUUUUUUUUUUUGGCAUCAUGAAAUGUCUUUUUUUUAAUAUUGUCAUUACUGUAAAGUAUUUUCUAUAUGGUUUAUGCAUGGUGAAAUUAAAUUAUUAAAUAUGGCUUUCA